GUGGGGCCUCUGUUUACAUUAUUAGCCUGUUGUGUAGGCUACCUGUAUAAGUGUAUGAGGUUACAAGCACACACUUAUUGAGAUUUAGUGGGGCCUCUGUUUACAUUAUUAGCCUGUUGUGUAGGCUACCUGUAUAAGUGUAUGAGGUUACAAGCACACACUUAUUGAGAUUUACUUGAGCCUUCUGUUUACAUUAUUAGCCUGUUGUGUAGGCUACCUGUAUAAGUGUAUGAGGUUACAAGCACACACUUAUUGAGAUUUAGUGGGGCCUCUGUUUACAUUAUUAGCCUGUUGUGUAGGCUACCUGUAUAAGUGUAUGAGGUUACAAGCACACACUUAAUUGAGAUUUAGAGGGGCCUCUGUUUACAUUAUUAGCCUGUUGUGUAGGCUACCUGUAUAAGUGUAUGAGGUUACAAGCACACACUUAAUUGAGAUUUACUUGAGCCUUCUGUUUACAUUAUUAGCAUAUCUACUGUGGCUAAGCAGACUUUUGCCAAAAGGACAAUAAUUAAUUUGUUCUGGGUUUAUUCACUUUAAUGCACUUUUUUUUUUUUGGAACGCAUGUUUUGUUUGAAGGCCUAAUAUAAAUGAAAAACUGUGUGCUUUUUUGGAAAAGCAAAGGCUACUGGAAUAUUUAAAAAAAAAUUCAAUAUUCAAUAAAAAAUUACUUUAUUUGAAAAACAUGUCUAGGGUUUCACGGUGGCAGAGGGGUUAGUGCGUCUGCCUCACAAUACAAAGUUCCUGCAGUCCUGGGUUCAAAUCCAGGCUCGGGAUCUUUCUGUGUGGAGUUUGCAUGUUCUCCCCGUGAAUGCAUGGGUUCCCUCCGGGUACUCUGGCUUCCUCCCACCUCCAAAGACAUGCACCUGGGGAUAGGCCCCUCCCACCUCCAAAGACAUGCACCUGGGGAUAGGCCCCUCCCACUUCCAAAGACAUGCACCUGGGGAUAGGUUGAUUGGCAACACUAAAUGGUCCCUAGUGUGUGAAUGUGAGUGUGAAUGUUGUCUGUCCAUCUGUGUUGGCCCUGCGAUGAGGUGGCGACUUGUCCAGAGUGUACCUCGCCUUCUGCCCGAUUGUAGCUGAGAUAGGCGCCAGCGCCCCCCGCGACCCCAAAAUGGAAUUAGCGGUAGAAAAUGGAUGGAUGGAAAAACAUGUCUAAAAAGUUAUUCAAGGCUAUUUAUGCAAUAUAUAUAAAAACAUGUGAAAAACUGCAUUCAUUAUUCGGUAUUCGGCCUUCAACCAAGCGUUUAAAUUUUAUUCGGCUUCGGACACAAUUUUUCAUUUCGGUGCACCUCUAUCGGUUUGUGGCAAAAGCUUUUCUCCAAAUAGCUAUUUGACUAAAGCACGUGAGAACACACACUGGUGAAAAAUCAUUUCACUGUUCGAUUUGUGGUGAAAACUUCUCUAUUAAGAACCGUUUGACUGAACAUAUGAGAACACACACAGGUGAAAAACCAUUUAGUUGUUCAGUUUGUGGCAAAAGUUUUUCUCUAAAUAGCAAUUUGACUGAACACACGAGAACACACACGAUUGAAAAACCAUUUAAUUGUUCAGUUUGUGACAAAAGCUUUUCUCCAAAUAGCUCUUUGACUGAACACAUGAGAACACACACAGGUGAAAAAUCAUUUCGCUGUUCGAUUUGUGGUGAAAACUUCUCUAUUAAGAACCGUUUGACUGAACAUAUGAGAACACACACAGGUGAAAAAACAUUUAAUUGUUCAGUUUGUGACAAAAGCUUUUCUCGAAAUAGCUCUUUGACUGAACACAUGAGAACACACACAGGUGAAAAACCAUUUCGCUGUUCGAUUUGUGGUGAAAACUUCUCUAUUAAGAACCGUUUGACUGAACAUAUGAGAACACACACAGGUGAAAAACCCUUUAGUUGUUCAGUGUGUUGUAAAAGGUUCACACAUAAUGCAGAGGCAGCAAAACACAUGAGAACACACGAGGGAAAAUAAGCAAAUAGCUGUUUAUCAAUCAAUCAAUGUUUACUUAUACAGCCCUAAAUCACUAGUGUCUCAAAGGGCUGCACAAACCACUACGACAUCCUCGGUAGUUUGUGGUAUGUUGCUCAUAUGUGGCGACAUCCACCCUACCCAGGACCUCCUCACUGCUUCUUUCACAAAUAUCUGAGGUUCGAACGGUGAGAGGAAAAAGGUUGUUCUCUUUACCUCUACAAAAUGUACAGAAAACAAACAAAACUGUGAUCCCUCAACCAAGUACGGACUGAAGCGUGGGUUACCUGUACCGUUACACCUCUAGUAAACACAAUUAUAGACAUGAACAAAAUGACAGUUGUCAGCUGUGAGCAUAUAUUACCUCCAUCAAACAUGGCGGAAAUGUCUGUUACAAGAUACUGUGCUAGUAAAUAGUAGGGAUGCAACUGUACUCGCUGUUAUCCUGCACGGGACAAUCUGACUUUAAUUUUUUUUUUUUUUUAAGUGAUAAUAUUCAGGAUCAGGUGGUAGGCAAUAUAUAAUUUUGAUUAUUUUUUUCCAUAUUGCCCAGCCCUAUUCCAUCAGCAUUUCAGCUCAGUUUCAGCAUUUGGGGAGUUUCUACAGAAAUUAGUUAUGUUCAUACUUUGUAUUUUUUGUAUAGCACUUGGAGUAGUGCUAAUUGCUUUAUCUGCUUGUCACUCAGCUUCUAAAACUUCUAUCUCAUCCUCCUUAUAUUCAGGCUCAAAAAUAUAAGGUUCUGGAUCAUAAUUUGUCCCAAAGUCUUCUUUGAUGGCACUCAUGAAGUAUGCCUUUAUUAGUAAUAGUUGGUGGUGUUGUUGAAGGAAAUAGUGUCCGUUGUGAUGCGUCUGUGGAAAAAAAAUGUGCAGCCGUUUGCUUAAAAUUAUGAAAAUACGCAAAUAUUACAAGUUAUUAUGAAUUUGCCUGUUAUUACAUGACAUAUAUACUUAAGUGUGUAUAUAAAAAGUUGUUGGAAGCUUUUGAAUAUUUUUUAUAGGCGAAAUAACGUGCAUCCCCAUUACCUGCAUUGUUAGCUGACUUUUGCUAGCGUUAGCGCUAUGUAGCUUAACUACAGUUCCCAGUAGCGUGGCGUUAGCCUCGCUCCUUUUUGAACCCGUAGUGAUUCCUGUAGCUUAGCUUUAGUGACGUAACGUCCAUCAAACACUACAAAGAGAGAAAAUAUACUGCUAAUUGAGGGCUGGAAAAAAAAUGAAAAACAUAUUGCAAUAAUCAUUUUAAUGUAUUAUUACUAUGAUUGUUAUUUUACGUAUUAUUUUUUUUGUUAAUAAUGUAUAUCCGGUUGUUCUUUUGGAUUAUGUAAAAUUGAGUUUUGGUGAUUUGGGGGUACUGUUUUUACGUUUUCGAAUUAAUAAAUAAUUCUGUUCUUUAUCUUGAUUCCAAAAUCACUCAAAAUAAUUGUGAUUAUUAUGUUUUGCCAUAAUUGUCCAGCUCUAGACAAGAUAUCGGAAAGGACUUCAUAAUAAACUAUGUAUCACGACUCUUGAGUCAUGAUACAAUAGUCUAUUGCAAUAUUGUGACAUAAAGUUUUACUGCCAUUUUUACAAAGUCAUUGUAAAAAUAAAAAUAAAAUACUUAGAAUACAUGUAUAUAAGUACACUCGAUGUGUCAAAAACAAAGUAAGUAAAAUGAUCAUUAGAAUUGUAAAGAAAGUGGAUCAAAUUUCUUGCAUUUGGUAUCCAAACAAAGUCCUCUACAUUUAACUACAGACUUCUUUGAGAUAGAAAUUAUAUUUUUUUUGUGCGAUGUAUUUCAAUAUGGACUUUCACCCUACUGUUAGUUUGUAGUAAGCUAUUGUCCAUGGAAGCAAAUGUUUUCUACUUUCUGCGAUUCUAGCUGAACUUCUCUGAGUCUAUGAAAAGUCAUGUAAACAUUGAUCCAUCAUUCUGGCAAGGCACGAAAUGAAUGGCCAUGAAACACUACACAAACAUACAGUACUUAGAAGAAAGUGUAUUUUUGUUAUUUGUGU